AAAGGGAAAAAAAUUUUAGAACUGCAGUCAAAACUGGACUCCUUACAGCAGACAGCCGGGGAGGCUCGACUCCUGAAAGACGAAGUAGAUAUCCUUAGAGAAACUGCUGAUAAAGUGGAAAAGUACGAAGGAACGAUUCAGUCAUACCAGAAAAAGCUAGAAGAACUAGGUGAUCUGAAGAGAGAAUGUAAAGUUUUAGAAACGAAAAAUCUCAGUCUUCUUGAACAAAAUGUAGAAUUAGAAAAGGAAUUGAAGAAAUCAGCUACGUGGAAAACGCAGGUUGAAGUGUAUAAAAAACAAAUAGCAGAGCUUCAUAGCAAAUACAACGAAGAAACUAAGAGAGCAGAUAAGUGUGAGUUUGACUACAAAAAGGCCUCUGAACAAUUAAAAGCGGUUUAAAAGAGAGAAAGAGGUAACCUGAUCAGUGAAAGGGACCUGCUGCGAGAAACCAACGAGGAGCUGCGAUGCUGUCAGUUGCAGCAGAGGAAUGUGGAAACCACUCCAGUUGGGCAGCUACCUGAAAACAUCAUUUCAGUGACAGAACUCACUCAAAAAGUUCUACUCCUUGAGCAUGAAAACAAGAAGCUUCGCCUGAACCAAAGAACAUCAGAAGAUGAGAAGCUGUCAGUGGUACAGUCCCUGCUGGAUGAUGCCAAGCAACAGAUUAACCAGUUGAGGCUUGAGAACAGACAAGCUAACCAACGAAUAAUGGAGCUUGACGGGGAAGUUAAAGAUUUGCAAGAGAGAGAUCAAGAAAGUUCAUCAAGUCUGAAAGUGAAAAUAAAAGACUUGGAAAACAAACUUCAGCAGGAAAAGGAGCAAAAGGCAGCUGAGUUGGAAGAACGAGACAUGGCUCUUGCAGAAAAAAAACAAAUAAUAACUUUGAUGCAAGAGACCAUUAGCCAGAAGGAGCAGGAAGUCCAAGAAUCGGAGGAUAAGCACAAGAAGUACAUUGAGAAAGCUAGAAAUGUCAUCAAAUCUAUGGACCCAAAACAAGUGUCACCCGUGGACAUCAACAUUCUCCGCAAUCAGCUGCUCGACCGCCAGAAGAUGUUGUCUGAUCUCGAGAAAGAGUAUGAGAAAAGUAAAACCUUAAAAGAAAUGGAAGAAAAACUUAUAUCUACUGCAUUUUAUAACCUUGGUCAAACAAGACACAAGGAAUUGGUAGACCAGAGGCUGCUGAACCUUAGUCAAAGCCAGUCCUUCCUCGCCAGACAACGACAGCCCACCAGCCGUCGCACGCAGCUCAAUUCUAAAUAGCGGUUCUCCACACUUGUAAACAUAUUCUUGUAAAUCAAUGUACUUACUCUUAGGGGCAUCACUUCACUUAAAAGUGUGUAUUGUAAGAUAUAAUGAUUUCUUUUAAGUCGUAUAAUUUAUCUUGUAUCAUAUUGCAGAUAUUUGUGUAUCUCUUCAAAUGCAAGUUAUAUUCAUUGCAUAUUUAAGAUGAUAAUGUAGUAUCAUAUUAUCGACAUAAUACAACUGUAUUUUUAUCAAGUAAGACAGUGUUUAAAAUUCAAUGAAUUUAUUAUUUUUUCACUCCGUUUCUUCUCAUGUUACAAUUACUUACCUACAGUGAUAGUGAUGUCCCUAUUUAUCCUCCGAUGUUCUAACUGAAUGUACUGGUGGUUUCUUCAGUGCUUCAAAAUAUAUCUAGUGCCUUACGUCACUAGUGAUGUGUCUUCACCAGAAUGACUACAUUAUUCAAUGUAAAAUAUAUUUUUAAAUUUGACCAAAUAUCAAAACAAUAUCAAUUAGACGUUGUUGGGAAUAAUUGGUAUUUUGUGAUUUCAUGUAAUACAUUGUAAAGUGUUUAAAGUUUGUAGGGCGUGUAAAAAGUGUAAUAAUCUAAAGUUUAUAGAGUACGAAACAAUAAGUGUAAAUAAAAAUAUUACAAGACUUAAAAACAUUAGGCCUACUAAUUCUAUAAAAAGUGUAACUCAGUAUUCGUAUACAUUUGUUUUUUGCUGAUUUCCAAGCUUAUAAAUAAUUAACUAGUACAGUAAUAAUAAAAGUUUUUCUAUGUUUAA